GCGUCGCCGAUCCGAAGCGGGGGCGGUGUCCUGCGGGUUCCGGGUCGAUCCAAGCAAGGAUGGUUCUAAGGAGGCUGCUGGCCGUCCUGCUGCACAGCCCGCAGAUAGUGGAGCGCCUGUCCGAGUCGCGGCCUAUCCGGCGUGCAGCGCAGCUCACUGCCUUCGCACUGCUGCAGGCCCAGCUGCGCGGCCAGGACGCGGCCCGUCGUCUGCGAGGUCUCGGGGGUGGGCCCGCGGCAUCUCUGGGCCGCCGUGCUGCCCGCUUCAGAGACACCUUUACUAAGGAGGUACGCCGCGGCCUCCAGGAGCGCCCGGGGCCACCACCGGGUGGACAGAGGGGCCCGGACGCAAACCCCUAAACCCGGAUUGGGCCGGGCCGAGAUCGCUUGCUUUCCCUUCUGGUCUGGACACGGGCCUCGGGGCUAAGGAGUGAUCCCCGGCACUGCGCACGGCUCCGAAUCCUGACUCGGCCUGUACAGGUCUACUUCUCAGACGCCAAACGGACAUCCCCGGUGCAGCCCUGUGAUCGGACAGGGCACAGUGUGUGAAGAAAUCCCCCGAAACCUAACAGAAAUGAAGAUAGGCGAGACCCUGAUACUCCAUGUACAGACAGCCAUGGACCGUACCACUGCGCGAAAGGGAGUCUGCCCUCUGCGAAUGGGAUUAAAACUCGUGAUAGAUGAUGCUGCGUCUGCACUGAUGUAGCACGGCACUACCUCCAGGAGAGAUCAUGGGUGGAAAGACAACCUAGCGGAUGCCAAAAUCCUCUGAUUAAAUGUGCGAGCCGA